AUGAUUCAAUUGACUGUAUUGGUGACGAUUUUCAUUAUAUUUCUUCGAACUUUUACGACUUCCGUCUUAACAACUAUUGAUCCUAAACAUGAAUUGUUAACUGAAAUAGUUGGAAGAUAUCGAAUCGCUGCUCGGAAUCUACGUGAAAGUGAAUCAACAAUACCAUUUAAAAUUCAAUUUCCCAUUCACGAUAUACUUAAAGUUGACGGAUCAACAAAUGAAUAUAUAUUUCGAGCAACGAUUGAAAUAAAUUAUCAAUUUGAAUUUCUUCAUUGGGAUUUUAAUGAUACAAAAAAUCGUUAUUAUGAUAUCAAUGAAAUUGUUCUAACUAAAACAAUGCUGCAAACUCUUUGGCUACCUGACAUUCAUUUAAAAGAUGAAGAAUUUCUCUCAUUUAAAAUUGAACAUGAAUCAGCUAAAAUAACUCGUGAUGGUUAUAUUAUAUGGAUUCGUCGUGGCUUAUUUACAAUUCUAUCAUUAAUUGAUUUAACAUAUUAUCCAUUCGAUCAUCAAUAUAUACGCAUAAAUAUGUUUAAUAAACAAAAUUCAUUUCGAUUAGAAUAUGAAAAGAAAAAUAUCUCGAAAUUUCAUUCAAUUGUAUCACGUUCAUUCAAUUUAUGGACAAGAUUAUUUGGUAGUUUGGAAACGAAUUCAGCCGGAAAUCAUUCAUUAAUCUUUCAAGAAAGUGAUCAAUUAAUGAAACCAGUUCUUUUACGUGGUUGGUUUGUUCGAACACUUGGUGUUGAAUCGAAACCUGAUAGUGAAAAUUUAAAUUCAUUGAGUAUAUACAUUCUAAUGCAACGUCGCCGUGAAUCUCAUAUAUAUACAACUAUUUUACCCACAUUAUUUUUUUCUGUGUUUAUAAUUAUAUUUUAUUUUUCAUCAAUUAAAUCCUAUCAACGUUUAAUGAUUGGCUUAUUGCAUAUAUUUGCAACAUUAUUAUUUAUGAUACAUCUUGAUAAAAAAAUCUCAGCUGAACAAUUAUCCUAUACGCCAUUAAUCUUACGUUAUUUAUCAUUGAUAUUUUUAAUUGAAAUUUUAUCCUUAUUUUUCGAUCAUAUUAUACAUUCAAUAUAUUUUGGUGGAAUACAUUUUGUAACAGAUUGGUUGCGUAAGAAAGACAAAUAUGAAAGUCAGCCAGCUCGUUUAUCGCAUGUUAGAUUAUUGACACAGGGUUUACAAUUAAAUAAUACGGAUAAUGACGAGGGAACAAAUAUAUUUAUGAAACAAUUGAUUGAACGUGAAGAAUCAUUGAAAUUCGAAGACUAUCAACAAUAUCAAUGGCAUCAACAAGCAUGUCUGAGUGAAUGUUUAUGUUGUUCGUUUUUCUUAAUAAUUAUUAUUGUUGUAUUUCUAUUCAUUUUUUUUAUUGUACCGACAUUUGGCUUUUAUCAAAAGUGA